UAAAGAAGAAUGGAAAGUCUACACGCGCAAAAUGUUACUGAAGUCGUCAAAAAAUUCUUGGAAAAAAUACUGAAGAAAUAAAAUGAAAGUGCAGACAUUAAAUAUCAUAAAAUAAUAAGAAUUAAAUAAUUCUUAUAUUUUUUCAAAGAUUCAAUCAAUUAAAAAAGGUUAACAUACGGCUUACUUUUAAUAUUAAAAAACAUCAAUCGGAGUUCAUUAAACAUUUGUCUGGUUUAUUAACUGCGUUCUGUGAAGUUGAAAAAUAGUGUUUAUUUAAUUACAAAGAAAAUCAACAAUUAUUGAAAAUAUAAUGCUUAAGGAUAUAGCUUUUACAAAAUAAAUAUAAAUAAAAUUUAAAUAUCUAAUAAAAGAAUUAUUUUGUACAAAUAAUAAUUUAAGACUAGAACAUCAUUAUUAAUGCAGCAAUGGCUUCCACUUGGCGUUAUGGGAAACGAAGUAAAUAUCGGGCGAAAGUUUCGCAAGAUUCUGAAGAUAAUUACCGUUUGGAUCCAAAAAAAUCAGCAGCAGAAAAUUGUUUCGAUAUAUAUACCGCAUUAUGCUGUCGUGACACAAGGGAUGCGAAGCGCCUCUUCCUUCUAAAUGGGUUGGCCACACUAUGCCAGCAACAAGAGCAACAAAGUAAAAAUCAAGUAUCUUCAGCAAGACCAGCACAUUCGAUUAGUGGUGCUUCUUCUUCUGCAACUGUGGUAACAAGCAUAAACACUGUGGCGACAUCAAAAAAUUGUUUGGGUUUCUCUACAGAGGAAUUGCUUUAUUGCUUGAGUGCAUCUCUUAUUCACACAUUUACGCAAGUUCGAGCUGCAGCUUUACGAACAAUUCGUUAUGUUCUUACCACAGUUAAGGAUGUGAAGGUUUUCAAUUCAUUGCAACUCCCACAUUUAAUAUGUCGAUCUAUCGAUUUAAUGCUUAAGAAUGAUGAUGAGAGGGUGCAAGCUUUAAAAUUGAUAAGAAAAAUGCUUGCAAUAUCUGCCGAAAAUAUCAGCCCGGUCUUGGUACGUUGUUUAGUGUCCCUGGCGGACACGGGCAUUGAAGAAAGUGAUAAUUUAUUAAGAGCAUGUUUGGCAACGCUUUGUGAGUUUGCUGUAUUAAAUCCAACGCUACUAAUAUGCUGUGGUGGUGUUACGUCAAUAACACGCAAUGUGUUGGAGUGCCAUAACCCACGUAUAGCUGAAAGUUUGAGCGGUGUUCUUUUGUAUUUGCUCGAAUGGCCUCAGACUCGCAACAUAUCAGGUGUACGUUUGGAUUGUCUGGCAGCCCCCUAUUGCGACUUCACAUACCGAUUGGGGAUUAUGGAUAAAAAUAAAGAUGCUCGCGAGUUACGUUAUACAAGUUGUCGACUAGCAUUGUUAUCCGUAUUACGCAGCUGGACAGGAACCAUUGAAUUCUGUGAUCCAAGUAAACCGUCUGGGUUAAAAGCAAUAGUUGACGCUUUGUAUUUAAAUCAAAUAGAAGUUAGAAAAGCAAUAUUAGAAUUGCUAUAUGAACUCUUAGGUCUUCCACAGCCAACAUGGACUGAAGACUACAUUGUGGCUUUACAGGCGGUAGAUCCGUCUGACUUCCAAGUCAACUGGCUUAGUAACGGUUUCGUGGCCGCUGAGGGUCGAAGCAUUUUACCAAGUUUGGCAGCUCGAACUCCAAAUAUAUGUGAACAACACCUUGCUUUGCAGUUGUAUUGCUUUCUCGAGACUGGUCUUGUAAAUGCGCUAAUAGAGGUUAUUGUGUCAAGCGAAUCUACAGUAUCCGUUGCUGCCACUGUUUUAAUUGGAAAAAUAUUACAUUUAAUGCAUACACACCUUCCAGCCGAUAUAUGUAGUAAUCCCGCAUUGCCGAACCUAAUAUCACACGCAACCCAAGGAAAUCAACGAGCAAGCGCAGCUAUAUCAGCAUUGCAAUGUUACCAAAAGAUGCUAAGAAAUCGACCAGCCUCGAGUAGUUUGUUUUUAGAUAGUAUUAUUCAAGAAGGCUCUCUAAUACACACAAGACUUUUUAGACGUGAAAUAAAUGGCUUACCUUUGUCAUCCGGCUUGCAGUCGCCAACAGCAGCACAAGUUAACACUGGUGUAUCACAGUUACAGCCAAUGAGUGGUACAUUAGAAAGGCCACGUCUUGAUUCUGUUUCCUCGAGCGACGAAUCGAAUUCUCAGUCCUCUUCGACGAGAAGAUCAAGUUUCCGCUUAAAAUGUAAAUUGCUACCAUUUCUGGAAAAUAUUAAAGUGAAUCGUUUAAUUAAAGAAUCAAAUGUUUUAAACGCCAAGGAUGGCUCCGGCUGGGAUUGGGAAGUUAUAUCUACUAUAAUAAGGUGUAAUUUAAUAAGGAAAUUGGAAGAACCGAGUUUGCAGUUUUUGAAAAAUCUUAUCGGUUAUUUCAAACCGAGUCAUAAUCAUUUUUCUCACCAGGAACUAGUACAUGGUAAAUCUUUACCAGUUUAUGUAAAAGUUGGUUUAGAUUUUAUCGACUGGUUGCUGGCCAUAAGUCCUUUUGAGAGCAUUCGUUUGUUGACUGAUUUUUUUACGGAUGUAGCCACACAAUUGUUGGCUGUAACAACAUCGAAUCGUGCUCAUGAUUGUUUAUUUAGUCCCCAGCAUAUGAAUAAUACUAUGUGUCAACAGUAUUUUUUAUUUAUUGGACGUAUGUGUCGUUCAAAGGGCAUCAGUAUUUUAACGAAUACAGCCGUAUUUGAACAUCUUAUUAACCUGGUUCGGAAUACUGAGCACGUGUGCUAUGUAAAGUUAAUAGUUUCCGGAUUGGAUUACACAUUGGAUUCUAUUACUCGGAAGGUAUUGGAAAAUGCCUUGACUUCUGCAAAAACUCGAAGUGGUCGUUUAUAUGCUACACAAUUUUUAGUUGUUUUGUUACGUUCUCGUAUAUCAAACUUUGAAGUUUGGGGCAUACCAUUAAUUAUACAACAAACAAAAGAUUCUGAUCGCAGUGUAGUUCUAGCCGCAAUGGAUGUUUUGGAAGAAGCUUGCCAUGAAAAGUAUUAUCUAGAGGAAAUUGUUAGUUUGUGGCCAAACUUAAAACCUCUUGGCGACAUUGGUCGCAUAUUAAUGGCACGGUACUAUUCUCUACCGCGUGGCCUAAAUCAACCGAAGGCGCGAAUUAAAGAAGAAAUCGAAUACUGGAAAAAUGGUUACAAUAAGAGAUAUGUAAUGCUGGUAGAAGCCGACACACAUUCCAGUUUAACAUUGCAUAUUCGUAACGAAGACGGAUACUACAGUAGGCGAAAUUGCAAUACACGUCCGAUAAUUAUUCCCCCAAAUAUACCAGCUCAUUUAUAUGGCCAGAUGGUGCAAACCACGCAGGGCACAACAGCAUUAAGGAAAUAUGGUGAUUUGACACAGCUAAUGGAAGUUGUAUGUCGUGGUAAAUGUUCAGAUGAAUACGAAUGUCUUGAACUAAAAUCAGCCUUAUGGGCCAUUGCUCAUGCUUCUACACAUUCGAAUGGGAUUGAAUUUUUCUUAGAAUCUGGAUCAAGAAUAUAUGACAAAUUUGUAUUUUUGGCAACAAAAUGUGAAGUAUAUUCCAUACGUGCCACAUCUUACAAUUCUUUGGGCCUCAUUGGUAGCACAAAUGCUGGUGCCAAUGUUUUGUUUAAAUUGAACUGGUUAAGUGUUCGUCAUGAUCGGAAUACUAUUUGGCCCGUGCACCAACCUGAAGACUGGAUGUUAGGCAAUUAUACUCCCGUUAGACAUCACUACGAAGAUAUGCCCCCGUAUAAUUAUACCGGGUUAGAUGAUCAAAUUGAUGGUUCCUUUUACACAGGCAGCUACUGGAAUCUUUUGUUAAGUAGCACUAGCACCAACCGUGGGGCAGCAAGUGCCAGCUCAGAGGCUCAGGAUGCUAAUACUACUACAGAUAGUAUAAAGACGUCGGGAGAAGAGGUUAGUGCAGACAAUAUCUCACAACCAAAUAAACUUAGUUCGCCACGAACUAAACUGGAGAAGACAUACUCUUCAAAGCAGGUUGGAUCAUCAAGUGUUGGUGUUGGCGGAACAAGUGUAAGUGGCAGUGUUAUUGCAAGUGGAAAUGUUAUACCGGCAUCAACAAAAUCAAAAACGUUACCGGAAGGGUCUUACUUGCGCCAUGGCAAACAUCAACGAUCUCUGUCUGAGUCCAAAACAACCGACGUUAUAAGUCUGCUGAGUACAACAGGAACUGGUGGUAUUCUACCUAUGUCAAGCACCGGAUUUUAUCAUUCGCAUCGAACUCGUUAUAACUCAUGUACAGAUUCCAAUACAUCUGGCGUUAGUAGUUGUGAAUCUGUUACUGGAAGAGCAGCACCGAUGGGGGAAUUGCAACAGUUUCCCCUAAGCCCUAUACCAAGUAUGUCGAAUCUUUUAGAAAUUCCGCUGGGCCAAUCAUCACUACUUCGCCGAACUUCACUGGUAGGAAAUUCGUAUUUACAGAAUGCCAUCAGUCCGGUCGAUAUUAAAGGAUAUGCUCAGCUGCGCUCGCUAAGGCGACAUUGCCGACCAGUUUUAUCUGAAUCCGCCGCUGAACUGUACGAUAUAGUUGAUCGCAUGGAAUUAUUAUCAUUUGCUUCCUUUCGCCCACGAAAAUCGUCAUUUGGAGAUUCUCAACGUAAAAUGAAGGUGCGAAGUUUAGACCGCCAAACUUCUUUAAGAAUGUAUGCGCAUUUAGAUACUGAAGAAUUACAAGUACCUAUGCCGUCAUUAAAUACGCCGAAAUUUUUAUCUCAGAGUGACUUAAAGGGACCUUGUUAUGCCGGUAUAAGUCUGCCAAAAAAUUUAUUGGACAUGUUUCCGACACGCAAUCUCUCACGAACCUACGUAUCACAAGACAUUCAAGAUCAAGAUCUAAUGGACAUUAAUUUGUUAACCUCUAAACAACAAUUCCUAAAUGAUUCUCUCAAUAACGAAGCUGGGGAUGAGUCAUCGGUCAUAUCAUCACUUUCUGACGUGUCGUCAGUAAGCAAAAGAUCAAAAUGGAUAGGACCCAAACAUGGACGCAGUAAUUGUCUGCAUUGUUGUCGUCUCCGGAAGUCAGUUCGUUCACAAAAUCAGUCCCGUUUGGAUGGCGGAGCAAGCGAUUUGUCAUCAACGACAACGCUAUGUGAAAUGUAUACAAAUGCAUCUGCGGCAUUAGUUGCGGCAGGUAUACAGGCCACUGUAGCAUUGGCUAGAAAAGGUGGAGGGAACAACUCCGCCGGUGGUGCAAGUGGAGUAUCCACAAAUAAACUACCCUUGUAUCAACAACAUAAUAAUCACCAACAACAACAGCAAUUUAGUAAUACUUCUACAAUACAACUUUCAGAAUUGCAUUUUCAUUCACCUGAAAGCAUUUUAAGCGAGGAAAGUUUGCCAGAUAAAUUAACAGCAAACAUUCUAUACAACGUUCAGCGUUUAGCUAACCCUGUUAGUGCUAAACAGUCCAAAAUGGCAUUAUUAGAGCUUAAACAGAAACAUCCUACAUCAUUUCAAGACAUUUGUUUAUAUUCUGAAGUUUGUCGAACUUUGGGUCGUAGUAGUUAUCGAAUGAACGCAAGGCGUUUCUUGCAAGAGUUGUUCUUAGAUUUGGAAUUUGAUUCAUUCUACAAUGAACCCUUGGAUAUAAUUAGCAAAAAGGAAAAGGAAUCAUUUAAAAGCUUUGAAAACAAAGACAGGACUAUUGGAACUGACAAAUUGUCGUUAUUGAAGGAAAGAAUGAAAAGAGAUUUAAAUUCUUCUGGUAACCGUCUUGAUAAUAGUUCGGUUGAUCCACGCGCAGAAUCCAUUCAAUCUGCCACAAUCGGAAGCAACAAUGUGAUAGUUAUUGGUUCCCAAACGAUUAAGACACACUUAAAGUCUCAACCUUUGGCUAGUGUCUAUGAAGCGAGUUGCGAAAACUUACUUUUAGAUCCGUCACCUCGACUUAAAAAUUCAUCUAUUCCAGGAAAAUCAGUAAAUUCUAAACAAAAUUGCAAAAAUUUUACCAUUGCACCACCGCCAGCAGCACCGCCGCCUUUGCAGGAAUACAAUACAGAACUCAGAAUAACAUCGGAUGACGACGAUGAAGAUGAAAACGACAAUGUCGACGAAGAUGAACUUACAGGUAACAGUAAUAAUUUUCGUUCUCCUCAACGACAAAAGCAAUUACCCUCUGAUGAAGUCGAUGGACCCAUUGUUCUUCCAUCAUCAUCAGUAAAUAGUCUCAAUCCUGCAUCAUCCUCCAAUUUAAUGCAUCCUAUACAAUAUACCACUGGCUUUUCGUCUCAAAACAAUUACCUACAGAGUGGAGGUAGUGUCAGUACCCCCAUCAGCAGUAGUAACUGCAGUGAUCAGACGACUACGAGUAACCGUAGCAGUAUAUGCACUAUAAGCCAUCAUCCUUUAAAUAACAAUAACAGCAACAAUAGAUAUAACUCAACACCACUUACAUCGCCAUCUCAACCUAAAUCUAUAGAAAAUGAAAAUACUAAAUUCCAUAGAGGCCGUUUUUAUACACUAGAAUUGGAUCUAAGUUGUACUAAAAAUAAAUUUCCUAUUACCGAUAGAACAAAGGUAAAUAUAAAUUCAACUUUUGUUCCUAAGACGGUUAUAGAAAAAACAUUGAUUGCACCAACUACAUCACCAUUGGUAUCCACAACAUCGCCGAGUAAGACAAUAAGAGCGAAUGCCUCACUAUUAAGGCAGCACUCGUUGGGUUCUGACUCCUCAUCUAACUACAAACUUCCAGUUUCACGCCUGUCAUAUACGGCAGGACUAACGCCAUUGUCAACUUCAACAACAUUAACGAAAUCCAUUUCCUCAUCGAACGACACUAAUAAUCCAAAGUAUUUGAUAACGAAAAGUUUAGCAGCUUCCUUAGUACAGCCUUUUGGAACUUUGUAUUGUGAAAAGCGACUACAACCCUCCAAAUCUGAAGCUGUGUUGGUGCAGAAUCCUUUAAUUACAACUGUAACUUCGGGUUCUCUACCAUUAACGUCGGGGACUUGCAAAGAUGAUAGUAAUAGUAGUUCUGGUGAUGGCAAGUUUCCCUGUUGCGCAACCAAUAAAACAAGCACAAUUUCACGUUCUUCAUCGAAACAUGAAGGAGAAAAUCAGCAUAAGCAAUCAUAAUUGUAAAUUCAUAUAAACCUACAUUUAAAUUAUUUAAUACUAUUACUACAAAAUAUUCACCGAAAUGUACACUCACAUAAUUUAUAUUCGAGAUGAGCACAUUACAUUGUUAAUGCUGUUCCACUUUUUUCUUUGUUAUUUAAUUUUAACUCAUUAAGUACAUCUCAAAAAUUAAUUUGAAAUACAUACACGAUCUGAUACAGUUAACGCA